GAGUUGCAAGUUAAACACUCUGCGCCCUUUUGCUUCUAGUUCCGAGACAACAAGGUGCAGGGCUGGAUGAACACAGCAGGCCAAGCAGCAUCAUAGGAGCAGAGAGGCUGACGUCUAGUUCCUGCUUGUUUACUCGGCGUGUUUCGAGCUCGCCUCCAACCGGGCGAGUCUCUGGGUAGGAGCUGUUGCCGUCCCUCUCCCACAGGCUGGCCGGUGCACCGUAUAGUCCAGGCUCCACUCUAUCCAACAUGUCAUCGGUAUUCCGGCCAGGAAGUACGUCCACCGCCUCGGGGAGCUCUUAUUACGAGAGUAUCCGAAGAUCUGGCUCUCCAAACUCGGUAUUCGCUGUCAACGACCAGAAAUCGUACCUUACCGUUGGCAGUCCCACCAGCGUUGGCACGGUGUACCGGCUUGGAAACAACCCGCAGAGCACCACCCUGAUUCUUGGACAGGAUGCUCAGCAACAAUAUCAGAAGGCAAAUGAUGUCAAUUAUGAACAGACCAUUGUGAGGCAAGGUGGGCUGUCAAACCCCUCGGAGAUACAGAACAGACAGCAUCAAUAUGUACUCGCUCAAAGCAUGAAAGGACUAAAUAUUCCCAAAGAUUCAGAAGUUGUAGUGCAUAAAACCUACGUGACAUGUGAACCAAACACUCCUGCGCAGGCAUACAACAUCACGAAAGAUCUUCAAUGGUAUCAGCCCACAGGAAACUCUCAAAUUAAUUGGAAUAUCCAGUAUAAUCAAGACUCCACUGUUCAACCACAACCUGUCCAGGUUUUAAGUUCUCCAAGUGAAUACACAGGCUUUCGGAGCACACUAAGCUCUGUCAAUUCACAAGAAUAUGAAGAAACCCAUUUGAGAAGCUCUGCAGGCUCAGAAUCUCAGAGUCCUGUGCCAGCCAGGGUACGGAGUCCUCAAGUAGCCAGAAUGCGAAGCCCUCAAGCAGCCCAGAUCAAAAGUGCCAUGGAUUAUGAGAGUGGUAACACUGAGAAGUUGGAUCCUCGAUAUUUUGGUGAACUGCUGGCUGAGCUGACAUGCAAGACCACUGACCUCCAUAACAUCCUCUUAGGAAACAUGCAAAAGAUCAAGGGAAAGCAAUUCAGUUUGGAAGUGAAUACUGACCACAAUGACGCCAAUGAAAAUAUUGAAGCUUUGAUACCAAAAGGACUAUCUGAAUUGACAAAACAACACUUACGCUAUCUCUUGCAGUCAAGAAUUACUGUGGACAAGUCCCUAAGACUACUGUUGGCCACAUUUAACAGCCUCCGUGAAGACCUGCUCCAUUUGCAAGAUGACCUAAAUAGACUUGCAACAGACAAGGAAAUGCUGGAAAGAGAUCUGGGUUUUAAAUCUCAACAGGUGACAGAAUAUUUACAGCUCUUGGAAUCUGUACGAGAGAAUAACAGACAGCUGCAGAACACCAUUAAAGAGAAUGGAUCAACUAACCGUUCACUUGAGGAGUUGAUCUUAACUCUGAGGAACUCAGAGGCAGACAAGGAGUUCCGUGUGAAAGAGUUGGAAUAUCGCAAGCGUGCACUGGAGCAAGAAAACGAGGCACUCCGACAACAGCUGUCCAAGAGCCCAUCAAGCAAAUCAUCCACUUCCAUAUUUAGCACAGAAAUAUCUAAUAACUACUAUGAAAUGGUCAACAAACUGCGUGAAGAAAAGGACAAGGAAAUUGAUUAUUUGAGGGCACAAAUCAGCAGCAUGAAACGUGAAAUAAUUUCAGGACAAGAUAGCACCUUGAAAAGUAAAUUGGCAGAAUACAAUAAUAGCCUAAGUGAGAAGGAUGCCAUCAUUAGACAAAAGAAUGAGGAAAUCAUGAGACUGAAAUCUUUGUCACGUGAGACAGGCAAGAAUGUGACACACACCAUCAUUACAAAGCGGUAUCUUGAUUAUCCAAUACUGGGCCUUUUGAAAGAUCCUAAACUUAGUUCACCUGGUAGAGAAUUGCAGACUGUUUUCAUUGAAAAGGGCCGGAAACUGUAAAGCAGGAAUUCAUUUCAUGAAAUUGAAGAGCAGUGUUUACCAUUUUGAAAGAGAAGUUACUCAACAUGUUUUCUAUUCUAUGAUGGCCUCUUUUACCUUGUGAUUAAAAGUUUUUAAAAUCAUCAAAUAAUGCUGACUGUAUUUUUAUGGGUCUAUUAAGUUAACUGUUUACUUCUACUGCUGUUAAAAAUAUUGGAAGCUUUGGGUGUGAGGGUGUAGCUUUUUAGCUCGCAAGCAAAAAAGAUUUCAUAGUAGAGUUAAAUAUGAAUUUGGUGUGUGGUGUAAAGACUUAAGAAUGUAAACGCUAAUAAGAAACAGUGCAGUCGGGUAUGAAUGUUAUCUGAAAUGUGAGCUGCUACCACAUGCAAUCAUAAUUAUGGUUAGUUAACUAAUGCAAAAGAAAUUCAAAAUUUUGCUGUUUUUUAAACAGAUCCCAUUUUUACAUUGCGCAAUUGGUUUUGUUCAUUGUGCAAAUAAUUGAAUACUGUAAUUGAGAAUUAAUUUGUUUUUAUUAGCAUUUUUAUCUAACAACAGUUUUCUAUACAAGCAAGCUGAAACAACCUAACUACUGUUACAAUGAAAAGACAACAUAUAGAUGGUGACAAAACUGAGCAGAGUUUUAUCAUCAUAUCAUAUCAUAGAAUCCCUACUGUGUGGAAACAGGCUCUUCGGCCCAACAAGUCCACACCGACCCUCAGAGCAUCCCACCCAGACCCAUCCCCCUAUAACCCACCUAAUCUACACCUCCCUGAACACUAUGGGCAAUUUAGCAUGGCCAAUCCACCUAACCUGCACAUCUUUGGACUGUGGGAGGAAACCCACGCAGACACAGACAGUUGCCCGAGGCUGGAAUUGAACCCAGGUCCCUGGUGCUGUGAGGCAGCAGUGCUAACCACUGUGCCACCGUGCCGCCCUUCUUCAGUUUCUGAAUGGUAGCAAUCUUUGUCAGUUACAUUUGUUUUAAGUGUAUGGGAGGUGUUUUCAACCAAGAUAUGGACAAGUCAAAAAGUUAGAUUGGACAACAUAGAUUUGGAAGUAGUAGAUACAGAACAGCAUUGCUUUACAUUUGUGAUUACUCCUUUUUAGUGGAAUUCAGAACAAUGGUAUACAAGUUUGCCAGAGAAUGGAAGUAUUGGCAAUGACUGAUCAAGUAUAGAAUCAUAGAAUUCCCACAGUGUGGAAACAGACCAUUCGACCAACCCUGCAUUUUCCCAUGGCUACUGCACCUAACCUACACAUCCCUGAACACUAUGGGUAAUUUAGCAUGGCCAAUCCACCUAACUUGCACAUCUUUGGACUAUAGGAGGAAACCCACAGAGACAUGGGGAGAACGUGCAAACUCCACACUGUAACCCGAGGCUGGAAUCAAACCCACAUCCCUGGCACUGUGAUGAUGUGGUUGUGCCGGUGUUGGACUGGGGUGGACAAAGUCAGAAAUCACACGACACCAGGUUAUAGUCUAACAGGUUUGUUUGAAAACACAAGCUUUCGGAGCUUCAGUCCUUCUUCAGGUGUUAAUGAGAGAGGUAGUAUCAGGCAGAGAUUUAGAAUUAAAAGAUCAAGGUUCAUACCAUUGAUGAGAAUAUACAAAACAAACCUCUUCUUUACACUGAUAAAACCUCUUGGUCUCUCAGGACCAUGACUUGAAAGGAAUUUGGGGAUUUACAUAUACAUAUUAAUCAAUUAAAACCUUCUAACUGAUUAAAGAUUUAACAGCAUCUUAGGUUUGUUUAGUACCUCCUGAUCAAUGGUAUGACCCUUUGAUCUUUACUUAUAAAUUCUGUGUCUGACACUACCUCUCUCGCUAACACCUGAAGGAGGGUGAGCGAGGGUCCGAAAGCUUGUGUUUUCGGAUAAGAUAACACAGUGUGGAGCUGGAGAAACACAGCAGGCCAGGCAGCAUCAGAGGAGCAGGAAAGCUGAUGUGUCGGGUCGGAACCCUUUCUGAAGAAGGGUCUCGACCCGAAACAUCUGUUUUCCUGCUCCUCUGAUGCUGCCUGGCCUGCUGUGUUCCUCCAGCUCCACGCUGUGUAAUCUCAGACUUCGGCAUUGGCAGUUCUUACUAUCUCUGUUUUCAAAUAAAUCUAUUGGACUAUAAUCUGAUUUGGCUUUGUGAGGCUGCAACGCUAACCACUGAGCCACCGUUCUGUACUUUAUAAAAAUUGGAGGAGCUUCUGUUCUGAAGAUGUUUUGAUUGCUCAAAACAGUUGAGAAGUGUGGUGUUUUUGAUUAAGAAUUCUUGUUAUGAGGAUUGUUGUAUGUGACUAAGGCUAGUGAUCUCAGAAUUAGACUUUAAAAAUUGUAUAGAAAUUCUUGGUGACCCAAAGAAAGGGCAUUCAAGAGGAUUAAAUUCUAUUUAUAUUUAAGCAACCAAUUUUAUGCCAGUCGAGGACUGAACAAUGCUUUUUGAAAAUUCAUAUAUCUUAAUAUACAAAAACCAGGAUGAUUUCAGAUUAACAGAUCAGUAAUUUGUCAAAUCGCCUUGGUUCUUUAUUUGUAAACAGUGAAACCAAUAUGAUUCAAAUGUUAUGUUCAGUUUUAUUCUUAGUUCAUGAAGUGUAAAGUGGACUUUUUUGUCCUUUCAUUGCUGAAGUUAUUUUCUGCAUGCAGUCUACUCUUAAUUAUAGAUUUAUUUUUAGUGCAAAACAACUUUGAAACAUUAGACUGUUACUUUACCAUCAAUGGGGAUGAAAUGUGUAUGAGUUCCAACUCCAAGAUGACACCCGGACUGAAUAUCUGAGCAACAUACAACACAGGUCCAUUAGCAAACUGUAUAAAUAUAGCUCAUUUUCCAUUUUAGAACGCUGUACAAUUUAUUAAGAGAGAAGUAAAAUACUAUAUUUCGUGUUGAUACAAAUAAAUGAAUUUCUAUGUUGUUGGGAAAUCUUCCUAUUGUGUGCUUGGAGGCUUUUCUGAACUGCCUGACCAAGUAACUAAAACUACAGUAGGAAGCUAAAUGUAUUUGUGGAAUCCCAUUAAUAAAGAAAACGUUAGACUGCC